CGUGUUUUUAUAGUAGUAUUUUCUCACUGAAGGAACUUCUUCCAUUCAUUCAUCAAAUGACAACAAAAUCUCUGCUUGUUGGUCCGCCGGCGCUCAGCCGUGAACCACCGUUAUCCGCCCUAACACUCAACGACCCCGAAACCGUCGAUAUCCCUAUCACCGGUCCAUCUGAUGAAAUAAAAAAUCUCGAUCUUUCAAAGCUUCCCUUAAGGGGUUUGACGGAGAACAAUUCCGCCACUUUCAUAUCAUCUGGAAAUCCUUGUUUGGAUUUCUUCUUUCAUGUUGUGCCGGAUACACCGCCGGAUGAUUUGAUCGGACGGCUGGAAUUAGCUUGGGCUCACAACCCAUUGACGGCUCUUAAACUGAUUUGCAAUCUCAGGGGCGUUAGAGGUACAGGUAAGUCUGAUAAAGAAGGGUUUUAUGCUGCUGCGUUUUGGUUGCAUUAUACUCAUCCUAAAACCCUUGCUUGUAAUGUUCAUGCUUUUGCUGAUUUUGGGUAUUUUAAGGAUUUGCUGGAAAUUUUGUAUAGAAUUCUGGAAGGACCAUUUGUGAGGAAAAAGGAGAAAGAGGAGAGGGAGAAAGCGAGGGGUAGAGGUGGUGGUGGUCGUGGUAGGUUUAAGAGGGUGAGUAGGCCUAGUGAGGAUAAUAAGGAGAAGAAGAUGAAAGUUAAGAAAAGUUUGGAGGAAUUAAAGGAAGAAAUUAAGGCAGAACAAGUGAAAGCUAGGGUUUUGAGGAAGGAGAAAGAUGUAGCUAAGGCGGAGAAGGCGUUUGAAAAGUAUUAUUCGGAUGAGCAUUAUAGGCGUUUACAUGAUAAGAUUUCGGAUUUCUUUGCUGAGCUUUUGAGGGAGGAUCUAGAGAAGUUGAAUUCAGGGAAGAGUAAUGAGAUUAGUUUAGCUGCAAAAUGGUGUCCGACUGUUGAUUCUUCGUAUGAUAAGGCUACUUUGAUGUGUGAGAGCAUUGCGAAAAAGGUGUUUCCAAGAGAAAGUUAUAGUGAAUACGAUGGGGUUGAAGAGGGUCAUUAUACUUAUAGGGUGAGAAAUAGAUUGAGAAAAGAUGUGCUUGUGCCUUUACAUAAGGCAUUGGAAUUGCCGGAGGUGUAUAUGAGUGCUAAUAAGUGGAAUUCCUUGCCGUACAAUAGGGUGGCGUCAGUAGCUAUGAAGAACUAUAAAGGACACUUUUUGAAACAUGACCAAGAAAGGUUUAAAGCAUAUCUUGAGGAUGUGAAGUCGGGGAAGGCAAAAAUUGCAGCUGGAGCUUUGCUGCCUCAUGAGAUUAUUGGGGCAUUGGAGGACGGAGAUGGUGGAGAAGUAGCUGAACUUCAGUGGAAAAGAAUGGUUGAUGAUCUUUGUAAGAAAGGAAAAUUAAGUGAUUGUAUUGCGGUAUGUGAUGUUUCUGGGAGUAUGAGUGGGAUACCGAUGGAGGUCUCUGUGGCACUUGGUGUCUUGGUUUCAGAAUUGAGUGAGGAACCAUGGAAGGGAAAAUUGAUCACAUUCAGUGAGUCACCUGAACUGCAGAAAGUUGAAGGUGAUACUCUAAAAGAGAAGACCGAGUUUGUCAGAAAUAUGAACUGGGGUAUGAACACAAACUUCCAGAAAGUUUUUGAUACUAUUUUGGAAGUGACGGUACAAGGAAAUCUAAGUGAGGAUCAAAUGCUAAAGAGGGUGUUUGUGUUCAGUGAUAUGGAAUUUGAUGAGGCAUCAGAAAAUGCAUGGGAGACAGACUAUCAAGCAAUUCAACAAAAAUUUGCAGAGAAGGGAUACAACAAUGUGCCCAAGAUCGUGUUUUGGAACCUUCGAGACUCCAGGUCGACUCCAGUUUUGGAAAAUCAGAAUGGUGUAGCACUUGUGAGUGGGUUUUCUAAGAAUCUGUUGACCAUGUUCUUAGAGGGUGGUGGAGUUGUUACUCCUGUGGAUGUGAUGGAGCUUGCUAUUUCCGGCGAAGAGUACCAGAAGCUAGUUGUUUUAGACUAAUGUGUGAGUUACUCACUACAUUUUGGUUGUUAUUUUAAAACUAUAUUGUCCAACUUUGUUACACAAGUCUCGCUUAGAUGAACGAAUUGUGUGUUACUUAUCGUCAA